AUGUCGUUUCCCGAGGCGACGCCGGUCCGCCUCGUCCCUGGCGCGUUCCUCAACACCCCGGCCGUCGCAUCGCGAUUCCGCACCGAGCAGCAGGACCCCGUCAGCAGAAACCUCUUUCAACGCGCCUCCGACCCGGCCCAGAGAAGCGGCGCACCCUCGCUUCGCAGAAGCUCCUCCUCGUCGUCCACGGCUCACUCACGCGCGUUAGCUCGCUCUGGUCUGGCGCCUAGCAAGACGACAGGCUCUCUUUUGGAUAUGACGACGCGCCCGGACGAUGCGGCGGUCACUUCACUCGUGCCGGCAAUCCUGGCUCCUACACGGCGCCUGGAGAACAUCCCGCCAGUCGUCCGUGCUGCCAGAGCCAUCAACGCCUGUCUCACCAGUGACGAAAACUUUCCCGAUAUUGACUCGUACUGCAGACAGGGCGCAUCGUCUGACUAUGAAAUCCCCCCAACCGAUACCGCCUGGUCGCCUUUUCACAAGAUACAGAUGUACCCGAUACCGAACCAAGUUUUCGAUCACUACAACACCGGCGAGCUGCAGACAUUGAUGGGCUUAUUCGCUGAAAUCAACCAUGCCUGGGUUGUUAUUGACAACUCGCUCUUCCUUUGGGACUACACCACCCCCGACGCGGAGCUUAUUGGCUUUGAGGACCAGCCGCACACCAUCCAAGCUGUUGCACUUGUGCCGCCCAAGAAAGGCAUUUUUGUCAACACCAUUACCCAUAUCCUGGUUGUUGCCACCUCGUCCGAGAUGAUCCUUCUCGGCGUGUCGGCCACUCCAACGCCAGCCGGUACCAAGUCCGUUUCACUCUAUCAGACCAAGAUGUCGCUCCCUCUGCGCGGCAGCGAUGUCCGCGUCAUCGCAGGUUCGGCCGAUGGUAGAAUUUUCUUCGGCGGUACCAACGAUGUCGACAUCAGCGAGCUCUACUACCAGUCCGAGGAGAAGUGGUUUUCCAACCGCUGCGGGAAGAUAAACCAUACGAACCCAGGCUGGGCGUCGGUAGUCACCCUACAGUCCGGCUUUUGGAGCAACAAGAACCCCGAGCAUUUGAUUGACAUUGUUAUUGACGAUUCGCGAAAUCUGCUUUAUACGCUGUCUAGUACCUCAACGAUCCGUACAUUCCACAUGGAAGCCCCCGAUCGACUCAACAAGGUCAUAGAAAAGGAAAAGGUACACUGCCUUCGCGACAUUGCGCACAUGAUCUCACAGUCGAAGCUCCUCACGGAUCGAAUGAGGAUUGUGUCAAUCAGCCCCAUCUCUAAGCAAGAAGCCUCAAAGAUACACCUCAUGGCAAUGACUGACACGGGCUGCCGAAUCUUCUUCAGUGCUACGAGCGCUUCAUCAUACAUAUAUGGCUCCCAAAACAACAUGGUUCCCCAGAGCAUGCAGGUUCAGUUUAUCAAAUUUCCGCCAAGCCCCGUCUCCCGCAGAUCUGCCCAAAUCGCAGUGCCUGUUGCCGCCGCUGUCGAGAACAGCAUUGACCUGAACUCGGCCAUGCUGGUCCCAAGCAGAUAUGCUACACGAUUUCCACCUGGUGUGUUCAUUGACUUUGUUGCAAAAGAAGGCGACGCCAACUCCGACACGCUUUUCCUCUCCGCCCCCGAGUCCGCCCGAAUCAAGAACACCAAUAGUGCCACGCCCUUGCGCUACUACGAACAAGCGUCUUGGAUCGACAUCGGAAGCCGCGCUGAGGCGGUUGGGCUUGUGACUAAACCUUUCGCUGCUACUAACUCACCGUGGGGCUUCGGUAACGAACUUGCCGUACAGUUUGACGAGACACCACCCGAGGUUGCCAUCCUGACCAACACUGGCGUCCACGUUGUUCGCCGCAGGCGUCUUGUCGACAACUUUGCUGCCGCAAUCCGCGAUGCGCCCGGCGAGGAGGCUUUGGAUCUGGUCUGCCGCCGUUUGAUUCAGCUCUACGGCCGCGUGGAGACCGUUUCUACUGCUUUGGCUGUUGCCUGUGGACAUGGAGGCGACGCACGCAUUGGUUCAGCUAGGGCUAUCGACCAGGCUACCCAAGAUCGUGCCCGAGGCAUCUUUGUCGAAAUGGGUGGCCAACCGAUGCUUGCUGAGACAGAUGGUGCUACUUUGACGACCGACUCUGUGCGACUCUCUUCACGACAUGACGCUCUUUCCUUAUAUCUCUCUCGGCUCGUCAGGAAGCUCUGGAAGUCUAGGGUCAUCGUUCAGGGCGUCUCUCCCACUGGUGGCAUUGCUGUCGCCUCUGCUGUUCCCAUUGAUCAGCUCAACAGUACACAAGAAAACCUGGAGCGUCUUCGCAAGUUCAUUGAGUCAAACCGGGGCCUAAUUCAAGGCAUGUCUGGCCCCGCCGACCUCCAGCGCACAGGAACGCGUCAGGAAGAGAUGGCCUUGCAGGCCGAGCACCAGGCCUUGCACGCGCUUCAAAAACUCAUGGAGAGCAUAUCGGAGGGUAUCUCGUUCGUUCUCAUGCUGUUCGACGAACGUGCUGCCGAUGUUUUUAUGAGACUCGAGGAGCCGUCCCGACAGCAGCUUCGUGACCUCACCUACGAGGCUCUAUUUUCUCAGCCCCAGGGCAAGGACCUGGCCAAGGUCCUGGUCAAGGCUAUUGUCAACCGCAACAUCGAGAGUGGUUCCAAUGUUGAGACGGUUGCGGAUGCUCUCCGCAGACGCUGUGGCAGCUUCUGUAGCCCUGAUGACGUCGUCAUCUUCAAGGCCCAGGAGCAGCUGAAGCGCGCAUCUGAGCAGCCUGUGGAUACAAACCAAUCACGAAACAUUCUUCUCGAGAGCUUGAGCCUGUUUGAGAAGGUUGCGGGCAGUUUGACGUACGGCAACCUCCAGUCAGCCAUCAGCCAGUAUGUGGAUCUAAGGUAUUACGCCGGGGCUGUCCAGCUGUGCCUUGUUGUGGCCCGUGAGAAGGACCGUGGUAAUACCGCCCUGUUGUGGAUUCAAGACGGCAAGCCUGCCGGUGAUCCUCGUGCCGAGGCUUUUGAGGAGCGCAGAAAGUGCUAUGAUAUGAUCCAUCAUGUUUUACGCCACCUCGAUCAAACCUCGAGCAAAGAGCCUGAAUUGAUUGAUGGCAAGCCGACGGUAAUAGCAAUGAAGAGAAUGGAGACCUACGACGUUGUGAAUGGCUCUGAAGAUGAAGUGUUCCACUUUGACCUCUACGAGUGGUACAUUGAACAAGGCUGGACGGACCGCAUUCUUGCAAUAGAUUCGCCUCAUGUAGUCACGUUCCUUAUGCGUCUAGCCACCACCAACGUGGAGCACGCGGAUUUGCUGUGCCGCUUCUACACUAACCGUAGCCGCUUCUUCGCGGCCGCCGAGGUGCAGGCUGACCUGGCCCAGUCCGACUUUUCUAUUGGAAUCAAGGAACGCAUCAAGCUGCUCAGCUUGGCCAAGGCAAAUGCUAGUGUUACCACAGUCGGCGUGAGCAGACAGCAGCAGCAGAUGCUCAACCACGACGUUAGUGAUAAGCUGGACAUUGCCAACAUUCAAGACGAUUUGCUCGGACGCCUAAGCGCCGAUGAUCGCAUUGACCCAGUGAGAAAGCAAGAGAUUCAAGAGGCUCUUGAUGGAAGGAUCCUCGACCUGUCAGAACUGUUCAAUCAAUAUGCAGACCACGCUGGAUACUACGAUAUAUGCCUUGUCAUCUACCACACAGCCAACUACCGCAACCCAACAACCAUCUCUUCGACAUGGAGCAACCUCAUUCAGCAAACGCACGACGACGUUGUUUCGCGCUCAGAGAACCUCAAGCCUGGCCAAGCCGAGCCACCACUGCCAUAUGAAGCCGUCAGUAGCAAGAUUCAAAACAUUGCGCACUACACAUCGUUGGACAGCUUUGUCUUCCCUAUCCAGACGCUGCUGCCGGAACUGUGCCGAUACGCCGUCGCCUACCAGCAGGACGGGACGAUCGGGGCUGACGCGAUGUGGCCGGCGCAGCUGUUCCUGAACCUGGGCGUCUCGCACAGCAUGAUUGUGCAGACGUUGGAGAACAUAUUCGACACGCAAGACUACGGGUUCUCGGGCGCGGCGCGCAACCGCGUCAUCGAGACGAUUGUCUUUGUGGUCAGCGACUGGGCGGCCGAAGCCAGGCGGCGCGGCGGCGCCCCGGACACGGGAGCAACCCUGGCGGCGCGGACCUCGCGGACAUUCGGCGCGUACUCAAGACGCUUCGCCGCGAGGUCGACGAUUUGGUGGACCGGGUACCAGUCGGCAGCAUCCGCUGGUGAGCUAGAACUCUGGUUUGUGACUCGGGCUGUCUUGUGCGCGUUUUGGGCGAGGAUUACGUGA